AACCAAAAGUCGGCAAUAUCUGUUUUAGUUAGUUGUUUUCAUUAGUUUUACUGUCUGCGGUCUGAGAUGGACAGGAUGAAGAGUGUGAGCAACAACAAUAAGGGACUGUGGGACUGUCCACGGUUCAAGUACAGCAAAGACACUCAGGAAUUAAUACAAGUCAUGAUGAGAGAAUCACGGCUCACCAACUUUCAGCAGCGACAGAUCAACACUGAGCUGAAGAAAGGUGGCACCUUACCACUGAUCUGUAAGCCUACAUCAUCUGCGGCAUCUACAAAACCAGAGAUAAGAAUCAGCAAAGGCCCAGUUGUCUCAUCCAGACCACAGAGACGCACCGCAGAGAAAUGCUGUGCAGGGGACAACUACACACGGGAGAGAUUUCGGCCCAGUGCUACACGUGACCUGGAAAAAGAGAAGCACAGGCUGCAGAACAUCCUCGCGACAGGCCAGGAAGAAGCACAGCCUUCGCCAUCCCACACAAGACCUCCUAACAGAGUGGAGGACAGUGAGAUAGACAGGUUCCAGGAGGUUCUCGAUGAGAUUGAAGAGAGAAGGCGGUUUUUGGAGGAGAUGAUCGCUCUUGGAAAAGGAAGCCAGUAUCAUCACAUCAUUAACACUGAAAUAUCUCAGAAAAUCCGUGAGCUUGAGCUGAUUGACAGGGCGCGCAGCGAGGCAACGAGGAUGGAAGAGGAAAAAAUGAAGAAAGCUGAAGAGCAGAGUUAAUGUAGCAGAAUAUAUUUCUCUCUCUCACAC